CCUCUGGGCCACCUCAGAGGCGGAGCUUGGCUGUACCCACGUGUGGUGGAGUUAAAUACUCAGAGCCUACACCCGCCGGGCAGAGAAACAAGCAGCAGCAUGGCUGGAAAGAAAGUCUGUAUUGUCGGCUCCGGCAACUGGGGUUCAGCCAUUGCCAAGAUCGUGGGUAGCAAUGCAGCCAGGCUGGCACACUUUGACCCACGCGUGACCAUGUGGGUGUUUGAGGAAGACAUCGGGGGCAGAAAGCUAACGGAGAUAAUCAACACGCAGCACGAGAACGUCAAAUACCUGCCGGGGCACAAGCUGCCCCCCAAUGUGGUGGCUGUCCCAGAUGUGGUCCAGGCUGCCGAAGGCGCCGACAUCCUGAUCUUCGUGGUGCCCCAUCAGUUCAUCGGCAAGAUCUGUGACCAGCUCAAGGGCCACUUGAAGGCCAACACCAUCGGCAUAUCGCUUAUCAAGGGGGUAGACGAGGGCCCCAACGGGCUGAAGCUCAUCUCUGAAGUGAUUUCGGAGAGCCUGGGCAUCCCCGUGAGCGUGCUGAUGGGGGCCAACAUUGCCAGCGAGGUGGCCGACGAGAAGUUCUGCGAGACAACCAUUGGCUGCAAGGACCCAGCCCAGGGACAGCUCCUGAAGGAGCUGAUGCAGACACCCAACUUUCGCAUCACUGUGGUACAAGAGGUGGACACGGUGGAGAUCUGUGGGGCUUUGAAGAACAUAGUGGCCGUUGGGGCCGGCUUCUGUGACGGGCUUGGCUUCGGUGACAACACCAAGGCGGCCGUGAUCCGGCUGGGCCUCAUGGAGAUGAUCGCCUUCGCCAAGCUCUUCUGCAGAGGCUCGGUGUCCUCUGCCACCUUCCUGGAGAGCUGCGGGGUCGCCGACCUCAUCACCACCUGCUACGGUGGGCGCAACCGCAAGGUGGCGGAGGCCUUCGCCUGCACUGGAAAGUCCAUUGAGCAGCUGGAGAAAGAGAUGCUGAAUGGACAGAAGCUGCAGGGGCCGCAGACGGCCCGGGAGCUACACAGCAUCCUCCAGCACAAGGGCCUCGUGGACAAGUUUCCCUUGUUCACUGCCGUGUACAAAGUGUGCUAUGAGGGCCAGCCGGUGGGUGAGUUCAUCCGCUGCCUGCAGAACCACCCGGAGCACAUGUGAGUGGGGCCGGCGCCCAGGACAGGCAGCUCCUUUGUUCCAGCGGAGACGAGCCGGAGCGUGCCACAGCUGUCAUCAGGACGGUCUCCAGGACUCCCCAUUCAUCUGAGCCCUCACCGAAGGACACUGAGGACGGGAGGCCGGGCCUCAGCUGCACACCUGGGGAUGCGGAAUGGCUGCCAGAGCCUGCACGCUUUCUCACUGUCCUCUGGGAAGUGCAGAACCAAGCUGCCUGCCCGGGGGGGUGGGGUGGGGGGAGGGAGGGUGCCAGGUCAAGGGCCGCUGGUUGCUGCCUCACGCACACUGGGAAUAUAUCCCAAGCCCAGUUGUUAAGUGACCGAAGAAGUACUUUAGCCACAGGCAGGCUGAGGCAAAGGCUGCCAAGGAGAGGGUCUGGAUGCCUCGGCUGACAGACCCCAGAGACCCCUUGGCCGACCUCUGCCAGGGCCCCGGGCAGCGUCAAUGAUCUCAGUGUUUGUUAACAGAAUACAAACGCCUCAAACAACUUCUAACUUCUCCUAGCAACAUUCGAGUCCUCAGAAGCCUCUGCUCAUUCUGCCGGCCCCUCCCCCAGGCUGCUUUGGGACAAGAGUUGCCCGACACUGGCAUCUCUGGCCCCGGGGCUCACCAUUCUCCCCACCGACUUCCUGGUUCCUAGAGCUUUGCCAGCGCCUCCCCACCCUGUGUGACCUUUCCGAGCCUUCCCUCGCCUGAGCCAGGCUGCCAGCACCCUCUUUGGAGAGCAGGAACUUAAUCUGCUGACAGAGCCACACUUUUUCAGAGCAGGCUCAGGUCGCCCAGGCUCCCUGACCUUCUCUCUGUCCCUCCUCCCCUGGUCAGAGCUCUGCCGGGGGAGUAUCAGCCUGACCCUCCUGCCGCUGACAGGUUCUGAGGAGGCAUCCCGACCCCGUGCCUGCUGCUCAGGGUCCUCCCCACAAGGCCGCUUCUCUCUGGAGUCGUCAUCAGCCCCUUCGUCCCAUAUUCUUGAUUCCACUCUGUCCUCUUGCCCAACCCAGAACCUGUUUCCGCUGCUCUGCAGCAGCCAGAGCCACGGGCGGCUCAAAGGUUCAGUAAGCUUCCACAGGGGUCGGUGGGCCUCGAGCGUCCAAGGGCAGCUCUCCUUGGAAUGAGGUCCCCAUGAGAUCCUGACCCUACCAUCAGGAGCUGGGAAACAGCCUGUCUUGGGGGGAGGGAAGAGCAGAAGGGGGAUGGGACGUGUGCUUUGCACUGGCCUUUUUCCAAGGCUGGGUGGCUGCAGGAGAAUGUCACAGAUCAGCAGCUUGGAGCCCUAGCUAUAAAUAGUCCCCAGGAGCUGAGGUUUCUGCCUCCACUAGGGGUCCCCGUGGGUGGCAGCAGUUGGCACAUGGUGGCUCUGGCCCCUCUCUGCUCCUAGCCUUUAAGAGCUCGGUCUUCCCAGUGAAGGUCAGAGCUGUUGGGUAAGGUGAAGAGGGGGGGGGGGUUGGCAGGACCGCUCCCACACAUUGACUCAAUUCAGAGCAGUCUCCCAGGAGGCUGGGCUGGGGUGCAGAGAGAUUCCGACACCGACACCUAAGUUUGCUCAGUCAACUGUGAAUCGAGGCCUUCCGCUGGUCUACCCAAUAAAGUGUGGUUUUUCCAGAAACUCGGAGUCGGAGUUUAUGUGGUAGGUCAUGCGGCAGUGUGUGGAGUCAUGUAUUACUGCAUGCAUGAUUUCCUCAGUGUAAGGCAAGUGAAAAACAGGAUCAUCUCUGUUUAAAAGCACCCACUCAAUCAGCAUAGGCGUCCACCCCUCCUGUCUCCCCGCCCCCCUUACGCCUUAUACCCCUCCUCCACCCAGGCUGUCACCCAGUCUUCCCAGCGCUUCUUGGGGGUCUGUCACACCGCCUGCAUACGAGGAAGUCGCUCACGAGGCAGAAACAUUAGCGAGUCACCCCCAUAGCGCAGGUCCAGUCCCUACGCCACCCCCGAUCACCCAGCAAAGAGCCGCUCUGGGCGCUAGGGGGUGCGCGGUCCACCUCUGGAGGAUUCCGAGGGAAUCUACCUAGCUACAUGUGCGUCACUGCUACAUAGACUGGGGAUUGGCUGAUUCUGAGCUACAUUUUUCUCCCCGCCCCCGGUGUUUUCCAAGGAGGGCUCUCGAGGGAGCCGAACCACAAUCCCCAGAAUUCAUUGGGCCUUCUGGAGAGGAAGACUAAACUGAGCGUGCGGAGAAGGGAGGUGGCGGAAGCCGGAAGUUUAAAGCCGGCUCUCGCCUUAGUAGGCGGGUCUUCGCAGGGGCUGGCGGGUCAGGGACGGGGCAGCGCGCCGGUGGUCGUGACGCUCGGUGUUCGGGCCUGCCUCUUCCCCGCUUCGGCCGCGCGAGUGGCGGACAGAGUGGGAAUCCCUGAGACGCGGCCGAGCUGCAGCAUCCAGGGGCAGACAUGCCAACCGCCAAGCAGCUCGCCGACAUUGGCUACAAGACCUUCUCCGCUUCCAUGAUGCUCCUCACCGUGUACGGGGGCUACCUCUGCAGCGUGCGAGCCUACCGCUUCUUCCAGCUGCGCAGCGCCAGGCGCCAGGCUGCAGAAGAACAGAAGUCCUCAGGGGUCCUGUAGAGCCCAGUCUUCCCCUCUGAGCAGGGAGGCUUGAACAUGGACUGGAAAAGACCUCCCUGGCAUGCCAUCUGUGGCAAGAGCUAGGCCACGAUGAUUCGAGUCUGAAGGGCAAAAGUACCGUGGUUUCCGAAGCAGCACUGCCUUGUGCCCUUCUGACAGUUUGUGGAGGCCAUCAAAUAAAUGGGAAUAAGAGGGUGAGGUUUAUUACAGAUA